CAGGCCAGGUGUCCGUCUGUCAAUUACGCUUUAUCUACUCUUAUCUCUCUCUCUCUCUCUCCGGGGAAAACGUAAAUACGUCUUCCGUGCGACCUUAAAUGCAGGAGACGUCGAGGGCAAAAAACGCGAACGGCCUUCGCCAAAUGCCUUCGUCGAGAUCCUCGCUUGACAACAGCGGUAGUACACGGUGGUAGCGCGAACUUCCUGUUUGAGUUGCACGUUUUUCAACAAAGGGACACGCAUACACAGUGGCUACGAUUUAGAGAAGACGAUUUUUUCUUACGGAACUUGUAUAAUGGAGGAUGCUACAGUGGAAAAGGUUCAAGAAUACAAGGAUUCACUCAAGACUAAGGUAGCGGAGGAAUUAUUGAUAAAAGGAUUUCCCGAAAAAAUAGUUAAAUUAAAUGAAUUGCUGGAGACGCCUGGAUUCAGUAAUCGAAAAUUGUCAGAUGUACACCAAGAUUUAAAUGUACCCAUUCCAGACCCUAUAGUUCUUAAUCAUUCCGAAGAUGCUCCUGCUUCAAAAAAGCUUAAGUUGGACAAUAAUGCAGAAGAAACCAGCGGAACCAAAGUUAUGGUACUACCAAAUGGUCCAGUACCUUGCAACAAAAAACUAUGUGAUCUGAUUUUGAUAGUUAAACCAUACAUUAGACAACUUUUGGAGGACUCUAAUUUACUAAAAAUGUGGAUUUCUUUCCUGAUUCCAAAAAUCGAGGAUGGAAAUAACUUUGGUGUAUCAAUACAAGAAGAUACAUUAUCUGAGAUUCAAUCAGUUGAGAGUGAAGCAGCUGCAUUCUUCGAUCAAAUUUCUAGGUACUUCAUCUCUAGAGGAAAGAUCAUUAGUAAAGUCGCGAAAUAUCCACAUAUUAUUGAUUAUAGAAGAGCGAUUCAAGAACUAGAUGAAAAAGAAUAUGUGAGUUUAUGGCUCGUUAUGUGCGAGGUUCGCAAUCGCUAUUGUUCAUUACACGAUCUUGUGAUCAAGAACCUUGAAAAGAUCAAACGGCCACGUUCCUCCAACGCGCAGUCCCUGUACUAAGCAUGUUCGUACUACGCGCUGUACCUACGUACGGAAUAAUUCAAUAUGAAUAUAAAAAUUCGCAAAAUAUAAUAAUAUAAAAUAAAACUCAUCUUCAUCGACAUAAUUCACUGCCUUGACAUUAGUCCAUCAUUCGUUUUAUCGAUUAUGGCACUAUAUAAAUAAAAUCAAUAUAGCUACACUCUUCGAAAUUGUAUUAUAUA